GAUGUGGUGGCCAGGCCUCACCCCACCAGGGUGGUGCAUGACCCCCGAGUUGGUGGGGGGAAGGCUGUUGCCAUGGUGGCCUCUGCGAGGCGGAUUCUUCCAGGGUGAAGUGGGAGAUAUUUAUACCCAGGGUCAGGCCGAGAGCGGGCGGAGAGCGGGCAGGCAGCCGAGGGCAGGAGAGCUGGGAUCAUUUGGGACGCAGCGAGGCCUGGAGGCUGCGGUGUGCAGGACAAUGGCGUCUGCCAGUCACAUCUUGGUUCUCUGCGUGGGUCUUCUUGCCACGGCCAGUGCAGAAGCGCCACAGGAACACGACCCAUUCACCUACGACUACCAGUCCCUGCGGAUCGGAGGCCUCACCAUCGCCGGAAUCCUCUUCAUCCUGGGCAUCCUCAUCGUUCUCAGCAAGAGAUGCCGAUGCAAGUUCAACCAGCAGCAGAGAACUGGGGAGCCUGAUGAAGAGGAAGGAACUUUCCGCAGCUCCAUCCGCCGUCUGUCCACCCGCAGGCGGUAGAAACACCUGGCACCAUGGAAUUCGGCCAGGAUUCCCCCGGCACCUGAUGCGUCCCACCCACCUCCUGCGCGCCUGCCACCACCUAGACUUUCCCUUUCCCAGUCCUGCCUCACUGAGUCCCCAUGCCUCUCAGAUUUCCAAUAAAACGUGCUUUUCUCUCUUGA